AUGGAAUUUUAUCUAACAUAUACUCCAACAACACUUAGUAAAGAGGAACUCCUGACAAUCAUAAUUAAGUCAACAGUAGAUUACCGAUCAAAAGGAACAAAAAAGGUUACCAAAGACUGUAUUAAUUAUUUCUUUUCAGGUAAAGUGGAAGGCCGAACAUUCUUUCUGCAGUACCCAAUUCUAUGCGAGAUCAUUGGAAAAAUGUGUAUCAUUUCAUGUAUAUCGUCUUUGGGGUCCAUUUCAUUUCUGAGUUUAAACAGAUACAUAUUAAUUUGUCACAACUCAUAUUACGAGAAAAUAUUUACUUGGAGAUCAUGCAUCAUGAUGUGUCUAUCGAUGUAUGUCGUUGGAGUGAUCAUGGUUCUACUAAAUUCAGCUGGCAUUGGCGAACAUAGCUUUGAUGACAAAAGUUUGGAAUGUAUUUGGGACAGAAUGGCAACAUACAGUUACACUGUGGUAUUUUCAGUUUGUCUUGUUUGGAUUCCCUUGAUAGUUGUAGGAAUGUCUUACUUACGAUUGUUCUUUUAUGUCCGAAAUAAACGAAAACAAGUCGUAAGUAGAGAAAACGGACCAAACAUUGACAAUAAAUCCCUUCGUCUAGCUAAGACAAUAUUUAUUGCAUAUGCAAUGUUUUCAACCUGUUGGAUGCCGUUUGCAAUGUUGCUUGUGGCUGAUGCAGAUGACACGUUUCCGCACGAAGUACAUCUCUUUAUCACAGUUUUUGCUCAUCUGCACCCAUCAAUCAAUUGGUUGAUAUAUUACUAUACAAAUGGAAACUUUAAAGCAGGAUUUCAUAAAAUAUUCAGAAUUUGCAGUCGAAGAUAUAAAGCACAGCGUGAUGGGCAAGUUUCGCAAUCAGGGACUACCACGACGAGAGUUAUUAAUAUCAAAUCCGUCCCAUCUGAAGAUUGGAUUAUACAUAAUACCUGUGAACACUUCAAAAUCAUUAACAAUACCAAAGUAGUGCUUUACUCAAUUAUAUUUAGACGUCAUAAUCUACGUAAACAAUCAACAACACCUGUUGAUAUUUAG